AUGGCCUCGCCGAUAUCGAGUAGAGCAGGCCUUGGGGCUCUGCUACUCUUUGCCGCCACUCCAGCCUUCGUGAGCGCUGUUCUGCCACUCGAUCUCUGCGCCUCGUUCAACUCUGGAACCACAGACGAAUUCCGCGAUGAUUACCAAACGAACGGUCUUUGCUUUGAUCACUGCAAAGAAGAUUACGCCUUUGCCAUCACCCAGCAAAACUCCUGCUGGUGUUCCGAUUUCGCCCCGUCCGAAGACAGCCAAGUGGAUAUGGAAAGAUGCGACCUCCCCUGUCCAGCCUUUCCCGACGAGAACUGUGGUGGACGUGGUCUUUACGGCUAUGUCACACUAAACGGCAAGCUCCCAGAGGGGACACGUGGGCCCACGAAUGAUGAGCCGUCGUCGACAACAACAUCCGAGGAACCCACAUCGACUGAGACAACCCAGGAGGAGUCGACAUCACAAGAGCCAAGCACUACCACCACGGCCACGUCAACCGAGGAGGAAUCAACCACCACCACAACUGCCACCACAACUACCAAGUCGAAAGCCGAAUCAACAACGACGACUGAGACGGAUACGGAUGACCCGCAGUCAACCACAAUGACACAGACUGUGACUACUGACGGCGAAGUGAGGACGGUCACUGUCAUCCCUACAAUCACCAGUGACAGCGGCAACAGCGGCAACAGCGGGGAAAGCGCCAACGACUCGACCGGGUCACAAAGCAAGGAUGACGACGGUGGUCUUGGCACUGGCGCCGUUGUUGGCAUCGUGGUCGGUGUUAUUGGUGCUGUCCUUGUUGCGGCGGGAGUCAUUCUGUUCUGGUUCUUCAAGCGCCGCAAGAGGAAUCAGCAGAGUGAUUUCACGGAGGACCCGAGUGUCCGUGGCAACUCGUCGGAUCGGGUGGGCUCCUCGAACCCCGAGAUGAGCAUGGGCGCUGGCGCACUCUCAGGCGCCGGCAGCAACUCGCCCACAUCUACCAGCAACCGGAACAGCAUGCUAGCUAUCGAUCCACGCAUGGAUCCCUUCAAGCAAGGGCUGUACAUGCGCACCGGCAGUCAUGAGAGCAUCAACACUCUGCGCGACGACCAUGACUAUUCGAGGCGGAUCCAAUCGCCCAAGGUCCUCCGGGCGACAAAUCCGGAUCCUGAUAACCACGGUUGA